AUGUACACGGACCCUGUGAGCCAAGUCGAACUAGAGAAAGAAGGUGUGAGGUACUUCACUAGCGCAAACCCGGAAAACUGCAAAAAUGGGCUCAAGUUGCACGUGCCCGUUCAGUCUCAAGAAUACGAGCCGCACACUCACGAACCUCCAUUUGAGCCAUUUACACCUCAUGAUCCGCCGUAUGACUCGCCGGAGCCGGAGCCCGUUAAGCCGAAACCUCCAGUCGAGCCAUUUCCACCUUAUGAUCCUCCAUACGAUCCACCACAGCCCGUUAGGCCUCCACCACCUUAUGAUCCUCCGUACGAUCCACCACAUCCCGUUACGCCUCCACCACCUUAUGAUCCUCCAUACGAUCCACCGCAGCCCGUUACGCCUCCACCACCUUAUGAUCCUCCGUACGAUCCACCGCAGCCCGUUAGACCACCACCCUCGGCCGCAACCUAUUUGAACAACUUGUCUCUUGUGUUGUUUGUUGGGUUGUUGAUUUGCUAUGUGGUGGUCAUGUAG